ACGACUGGGACCUGGCGGCCAUGGGCUCCUGGGGAGCCACUGGGGAGGGGGGUGGUGGCCACGUCACCUCAGAGGGAACACCUGCAGACAUAAAUAGGCAGCCAGCGAAGGCAGCACAGCACAGUCCACAGAGCAGCACUGCAGACUGUGCCCACCUGUGCCAGGAUGCCCGACGCCACACUGCCUGCCUGCUUCCUCGGCCUGCUGGCCUUCACCUCCGCUUGCUACUUCCAGAACUGCCCAAGGGGCGGCAAGAGGGCCAUGUCCGACCUGGAGCUGAGACAGUGUCUCCCCUGCGGCCCCGGGGGCAAAGGCCGCUGCUUCGGGCCCAGCAUCUGCUGCGGGGACGAGCUGGGUUGCCUCGUGGGCACGGCCGAGGCGCUGCGCUGCCAGGAGGAGAACUACCUGCCGUCGCCCUGCCAGUCGGGCCAGAAGCCGUGCGGGAGCGGGGGCCGCUGCGCCGCCGCCGGCAUCUGCUGCAACGACGAGAGCUGCGUGACGGAGCCCGAGUGCCGGGAGGGCGCCAGCUUCCCUCGACGCGCCCGGGCGAGCGACCUGAGCAACGCGACCCUGCUGGACGGGCCGAGCGGGGCCUUGCUGCUGCGGCUGGUGCAGCUGGCGGGGGCGCCGGAGCCCGCUGAGCCCGCCCAGCCCGGCGUCUACUGAGGCGCCCCCACCCCACCCCCCGCCCUCGCAGCACGAAAAAUAAACGGUCUUAAAGGCA